AUGAUAUGGAGAUGGAGUUCUAAAAAAGCUUCGAAAUUUGUUCAGCCUCGCUUCCUGGAGACAGGUACGCUGAGAAAUGCUUCACUUCACCAUUGCUCCGAACGAGACUAUUCUGGUUUCAGCGAUAGGAAUCUGUCUUACAGAGAGAGAUUGAGAAGUGGGCUUGCUGAUAUCAAGGCAGAGGAUGCUGUUGAUCUCUUUCAACCCAUGAUUAGGUCUCGUCCUCUUCCCACUGUCAUUGAUUUCAAUAGAUUGUUUAGUGCCGUUGCCAGAACAAAGCAGUAUGAUCUCGUUCUAGCUCUCUCCAAGCAGAUGGAGCUGAUUGGGAUUGCGUAUGACUUGUACUCUCUCAAUAUUGUCAUCAAUUGUUUCUGUCGGCGUGGUAGAGUUUGUUUCGCUUAUUCUGUUUUGGGGAAGAUCCUGAAACUUGGGUAUGAGCCUAGCACUAUCACGUUUAACACUCUACUUAAUGGGUUAUGUCUCGAGGGCCGAGUCUCCCAAGCCGUGGGAUUAGUUGAUCGAAUGGUGGAAAUGAGACAGACACCCGAUCUCAUUACCAUUAACACUCUGGUUAAUGGACUUUGUCUCAAAGGUAAAGUGUCUGAAACUGUGGUUUUGAUAGAUCGAAUGAUUGAAAAUGGCUGUCAACCCAAUGAAGUUACCUUUGGACCGGUUUUAAAUGUAAUGUGCAAGUCCGGGAAAACUGCCUUGGCAAUGGAGUUGCUCAGAAAGAUGGAAGAAAGAAAGAUCAAGCUUAAUGUAGUCCAUUACAGUAUCAUCAUCGAUGGUCUUUGUAAAGACGAAAACCUCGACGAUGCACUCAACCUUUUCAACGAAAUGGAAGUGAAAGGUUUUAAAGCAGAUGUUAUUACCUACACCACUCUCAUUAGAGGCUUUUGUAAUGAUGGUAGAUGGGAUGAUGGUGCGCAGUUGCUCAGGGAUAUGAUCACAAGGAAUAAAUGGAUAUUGUAA